UAAAUGACGGCCUGACGAGUCCAAAGCCACAACACAGCUUGCAACCACUUCGCUUUCCGAGAUGUUAUAACUUCUAACGUCGCUAUUCUCUCAUAUCAUUACAGAGCUCGCCCACCAUGGCAAGCAGCGAUGCCCUGCAACUCUUGAAAUCCUCAAUCGCAACCUCCAGAGCCCCAAUUCCCACAACAUCUUCAGAACCGUCAACGGCAGAAGACAACAAAACCGAAUCCCUCGCCGAUGCGACCCAUCUCUACUUCGCAUACCCUUCGCCACAGUGUCUGCCCUUGGAUACGAAAACCAGAUUUACAUCACAAAAUCCCGACACCACGCAAGUCGACUUGCGAAGCAUUUUUUUCGCGUGGCUACAAAAGGAUGUCACUGUGUCCGAGUACUUCGCUUCGGCAGGAGAGCUGGACAAAAAACUACCCGACGGACAGAAGAUACGAUGCCUGAUAUUCGUGGAGCGUCUAGACCUCAUUACCUGGCUCGAAGGCGCAUCUGAUGAAAGUGAACACAUCAAACCCUUGGAGGGCGCAGCGGCCGAUGCAGCCGAUGCAGCCGACAGAGCCGCCGAUGUUGCAGGCGGUACGGCGGUCCCGACGGUCAGCGGCUCGGGGGUCGGCGUCACGCAGACGACGGGUGGGAGACCCGUGAAGGUCAUCGAUGCUCGGUUGCAGGCAAUCUACAAUGGCGAAAGACGAAUGGGCGACCAUAAUAGUGUUUUGAGGGGUAUCAAGCCCACGGAUUUUUCCCAUGUUCGCAAGCACGCAGAGACAUUCCUUGGACGGCGGAAAGGUAUGCCUCAUUCGGGGAAGCCUGGACAGGGAGGCAGACCGGCACAAUUGGCGACUCGACCUGCCACAGGACCUUCGAAACCUAUUCCGUCUGCUGUAUCAUCGAAGCGGUCUGACCCGAUCAUCCUUCUCUCGCCCUCCGCUUCGUCGUUGCUAAGAAUGUCAAAUAUCAAGACAUUCCUCGAUACAGGAUUGUAUGUGCCACCCGAUCACCCAACUCUAUCCACCCAGACGACGGCAAAUUUGCUGCACAUCACGAGAACCUUGCAUUCGCUGAGCGAGAAGCCAUACCGCUUCAUUCUUGUCGAUUCGCCGGAGCAGUUCAAGCCAGAUUAUUGGAGUCGAGUUGUUGCCGUGUUCACCACAGGCCAGGUCUGGCAAUUUAGAGGAUAUAAGUGGCGGACCCCUCAGGAACUGUUCGGCCACGUUGUGGGCGUGUAUGUAGGUGAAAAAGGUCUACCCAUUCCGCCAGAGGUGAAAGGCUGGGGCAGUAGCGUCAAGACUUUCACAGUGGAAAGAUGGGACGAACGAGCCCACGGAGGACACGUCGACCAGGAUACGCGAGUUUCGAGACGAUGGAGAGAUAGAGAAACUGUUGAAGAGGUCUGGAGGGCCAUCGAAGGCUACAUGAGAGGUCGCGGAGAAUGGAGAAGAUGAUGUUGACUGAAACGAGGAUUCAAGCCCACCCGAACGUUCAGCAUACGCCGCAGACCUGAUACAACAUCCGUCUCCCCAGCUUGCGAAACAAUUCGACACCGAAGCGAAAGUACAUCUCGCAGGAGCGCGUGAACCGUCGGAGCUCAAUCUUUUCUGAGUUGAUCACGGACCUUUAUCGAUUCUUCAAAGACCAUAGAAGGCUAAGCUCGUGCAGAACUUGGACCCUGAAAGGGAUCUCGUUCCUUCCUCGACAUUGCUCAAAAGAGCUGUAGUGGACGACCAGUGUUACUUUUUCAGUUCACGGAGUAGAAGCACUGUAUAGUCCAAGAGGCAUUCGGGCUUUCGAGUGAAGAGCCAUGCAGCAAGAGCUUGAUGUUCAUGAUUGAAGAGAAUUUUCACGAGCAGCCCAGUGGCACACUCGCCUUUGACAAGUCGAUGCGAAAAACGUGGCCAUGGUCAUCCCAUUCAGUUGGCUCUGAUGGUCGAGCAUCUUCUGAGCGUGAAGCUAAUUCGGAACGGCGACUGUAGCUAUAGGAAGGGAAGACUGUGGCAUGGAUCACACAGCGCAGCAUUAUGCAUCUUUUUUGCCCAACAUUUUGUAAAAGUUCAAUGCCGGCAUGCUAUUUAGAAUGCUCAAUAGCGCUACAAGAGAAGCGUACUAUAACGG